AUGAGUUCCUCUGAGACUCUCAUGCUCACAAUCUCCGGCAUCCGCGGCGUGGUCGGUGAUUCCCUUAUACCAGAAGUUGUUGCCAAGUACGUUUCUGGAUUUGCUGGUCUUCAGCUUACAAAGGGCAAAGGCAAACAAGUCAUCUUAGGCUAUGAUACACGCCCAGCUGUUUCAUGGAUCAAGCAAGUUACAACAGGUGCUCUCAUGGCAUGCGGAAUCGAUGUCGUAGAUAUUGGCAUUGUUCCAACACCAACAGUUCAACUUAUGGUUCAGCAGUUCAAGGCAUGUGGUGGUAUCAUCAUCACAGCUUCUCACAACCCACAGCAGUGGUGUGGCCUCAAGUUUGUCGAAUACACAGGCAUCUUCCUUGAUCAGCACAAUUGCGACGAGAUGUUCUCAUGCAAGCACUCAAAGUAUGCCACCUGGGACAAGCUUGGCACACUUACAAACUAUCCAAACGCCAUCCAAGACCAUAUCAACAACAUCUUCGGCCAAAAGUUCAUCGAUGUCGAGAAGAUCAAGAAGCAGCACUUCAAGGUUGCUGUCGAUACAAUCAAUGGUGCUGGCUCACUCGCAAUCCCAGUCAUUCUCCGCCAACUCGGUUGCGAAGUUACAGAAUUAAACACAGAACCAACAGGUUUAUUCGCCCAUACACCAGAGCCAAUCCCAGAGAACCUUACACAGCUCGCUGAAGCCGUCAAGGGCCACGAUAUCGGUAUCGCCGUUGACCCAGAUUCAGAUCGCUGCGUUCUCAUCGGCGAAGAUGGCAAACCACUCGUCGAAGAAUACACACUUGCACUCGCUGUCAACUACGCUCUCAAGUACGGUGGCAUCAAGACACCAGUUUGCCGCAACAUUUCCACAUCUCGCGCUGUCGACGACAUCUGCAAGGAGAAUGGCGUUACAUGCUACGGAACACCAAUCGGUGAAGUCAACGUCGCCAUGAAGAUGGUCGAAGUCGGCUCAGAGAUCGGUGGAGAAGGAAAUGGUGGUGUCAUGCUCACUUCCUGCCACAUUGGCCGUGAUGCUCUUGUUGCAACAGCCAUGGUCCUUCAGCUCUUCGCCGCUGAACGUGAGAAAGAUCCAAAGAUCACAAUCUCACAGGUCAAGGGAGCUCUUCCACAAUGGAGAAUCUCCAAGAAGAAGAUCCCAAUGAAGGCAGGACAGAACGUUCCAAAGCUCAUCGAGCAGUGGAAGGAGAAUAUGACAAAGACAUACGGAGAUGCAAUCAAACUCAACGAGGCUGAUGGUCUCAGAGUUGACCACGAGAACUGGUGGGUUCACGUAAGAAGAUCUAACACAGAACCAAUCGUUCGUGUUAUUGGUGAAGCUCACACACAAGAGGAAGCUAAUGAACUCUGCACAAAGGUUUACAACGAGUUCAUGAAUCUCAUGAAAUAA